AUGGGAGUGAGUUCACCAGUGUCAGUGCUUCAGUUUUGCAAAGUUUUUAAAAGUGGAUUGACGUUUCUCUAUGGGCCAACAACAAACCUUGCUUGGGGUCUCAGUCCUCAUGUGAUUAUGUAAAUUUCUUCACAAGUGAGCUGCAGUUCUAACGUGAUUAGUGUUAACAUGUUGAUUUAACUUUUAAGAGGAGACUCAGUUGGGCAAGGUGAAAGGAAAUGGAGGAAAAUGCCAAAGGAAGGAUAGUUUGAGAAUGUGAAAGAAAAAACAGCGGGAACAACAUCUAGAUAGGAGAUUGUGGUGGGCUAGACAACUGGAGAGCACCAAGGAAGAGGGAAAUUGGAGAGGGUGGCAGCCACACCUUGGAAGGUGAAGGUGGAGAGAUGACCACUGCCAUUCAUCAGAAUCCUCCCCCUUCCUUGGGGAGCCAAGAGAGCCGGAUUAAGGAAGAAAGGAGGUGAGGGGAAGCGCGAUAGGAAUAGGAUGGGGACCACUGAUAAAGGGGAGAAGGGAAGUAUGGCCAUCUGGAAUUGUUUCUUCUUCAGCGAGGCACUCAGCAAUGGACAGAAAUGUCCCCGCCUGCGCCACGGUGACUUCUCCAGAGCUAGCCGCUGCACUAGUGGCAAUUGCCAUCAGAUGGGUGGAGGAAGAGGGUCUGAACCUGAAGCAUCUCUCUCUCUCUCUCUCUCUCUCUCUCUCUCUCUCUCUUUCUAUUUCUUUCGCUCUCUCCCUAUCAAGAGCUGUGCGUGUUGGGCACGUAACCAUUCUUGUCAGCCGAAAGAGCCACAUUUCUGCACAGGGCUCAGGCUUGUCGGGUAGUAAUGUCUGUAGAGUACCCUAUACCCAUUCUUUUUGUUGUGUUGUGUCAAGCCAGCGGAGACUGGAGUGAAGACAAUGAACCAGCAGAGAGGAAGAGAAUAGGACCACAUGCUCAAAUGUUAGAAAGGUGAAGAGUCACUGACUGUUGAGGAUUAGAAAGGAAGAGCAUUAUUCUCCGUAAUAGAAGAUCUGAUUAACAACAUACUCUGGAUUAAGUGAGGGAAUCUCAAUUUUAUGAACAUGGUGACAUAAUUCUUAAACCCAUGAUUACUCUCUCUUGCGUUGUUUUCACUUGGGCUAGUUUAGUAAUCAUGUGUUAGAGUUUGGUGUUUGAUGUUACAACACUCUUUGAUCGGUUUAUCAUACAGUUUUAGUCAGAAGGUUUUGCCUUAGUAUCUCUUAGUGUUUCUACGACCUAAGCUGUGGUGACUUCAAGUUUCUUUGCACUAUUCAUAUAUUAUGAUUCAUUUCACUCUAACGAUUCAUAUACUUCAUACUAUUGUUCUACUUUGUGGAAAGAAAAGUGAGGGAGAGGAAUAUUAAGGAGGCAUAAUGGAACGAAUGACACUAGAACAGCGCGGCGCCUGCGAGCGGUUGGCGCUCACCGGGGGAACUUCAACCGCGCGACGGCAUGGCGUCGGUCGGGCGGUGACGCGUGAGCAGUGAUGACUCAACACGUGGGAGCGUGUGAGCUCGCAAUCGUAACGUUGGAGCAGCACCGCGCAGCGAGAUGCGUGGCAGCAGGGACUGCGUUGGCACGAGAGGACCGGCAUCGCCACGGGACAACGCGGGGAGGCCUUGGCACAGGAGGACGCGCGAUGGCCUCGGGAGUGCGUGCGACGGAACUGUGCGCAACGGACGCUUGGAACAGCGCAGGUACGUGGAACUGUGGUGAGUGCUGGAUCGUCUGGUGCGACAGGCAGUGCACGCAGGUGGCAUGCAGCCCAUGGAAGCAGCGCGGAGGAGCGCCGUACACGAGAAAAGGGGUCAUGUAGUGCAGAAUGCACAUAGGUGCGGUGCGCUGGAAAGACGCAUACAGCGUCUGGCAUGGAAACCUCACCGUAGAGCGACGUGGACAGGGUCGGGUUCCGGCGGAAGCAUCGUGCGGUAGAACGUGCCGGAACGCUUCCCAAGCAGUGGGAGCUCGUUGAUCUCUCGUGGACUGGGUGCACAGGAGACGUGCCCACGGUGUUACCGGGCGUACGAAGGGAUUUGUGGUGCCGCGUUGGGAUAUUAUUUUUCUUUCCAAGUGGGAGAUUGCUGUAUUCUGGGGAAAGAAAAAUGGGGGAGGGGAGGUAUCCACAUCGUUAGUCCCAUAUCGGACAGUCCUCCCUCAGCCCUACUCGCUGAGGGUCUGCCCGCACGCGGAAUCGCCGGUCGAUCCUAACAGUGCAAAUAAUGGUAACACGGGACAACGCGGGGAGGCCUUGACAUCCAUCACAGGAGAGCCAGGCGUUCGUCGUUUAGGAGACCUUCUGAAAAUAUGGGUUGGAUAAAGAACUUCAUUUUGCCUGUCAGUUUUCUUAUUAAUUUAAAUGAAACGUUGUUAAACGCUGAAUUUCGCUCAAGUUUUUUGAAAAUUUUACUUUUCAUGCGAGAAAAUUUAUCUGAUUACACCUUUCGCAAUAGAAUUAGGCACUCGAUCAUUGUAGACUUGGGGAGCUUCCUCCCUCCAUCUGCCAAGAGAGCUACCGAGGGCGGAGGACCCCAAGCGAAACCGAGCUUUUGCUUGAGUACUGGGCGCCGUGAAACCAGGCGGUCGCAGGACGCAGAUUCUCGCUGAUCGGCGGCGCUACGCCGUGAGAACCCCGUGGCGGAGUGGAACUCCGAGUCUCACGCAGAAUGACGGAGUCAUCUCUCCACAACAAGGCACAGACUGCUGCUUAUUCUUGGAAAGGAUAGAGAAGAGUAAGGGGGUCACCGGCGCGUUUGCGGCAGAUCGAGGCCGCCGACCGCAGUUGCACCGUUCGACUUGUACGAAGACACUAGAAACAUUUAUGGGAGUAAAGCAACUUCUUGAAACAUGUUCUUUCCGGCGUAUUACCGCUUGCAUUUGUAGCUGGUUUGGCAACCAGGGUUGUAAGGUUUGCCUGACUUUGCCGACUCAGGCGUCGGUCGAUUGGCAUUCUUCACGGCGCGGUUGACUACGUACUUGGGGGACUGCAGGAUCCUCCUGCUCACCUCGGAACCCAUCUCGAACUUGCCUCCGCCAAGGCACUCUGCGAUCGAGCCGUUGCAGCGGCCGCCGGAAAUUCCAGAGAGCAAAACAUCCGCAGACCCAGGGACGCUGCUUGCUUCUGUGGCCGCGAAGACGAUGGCCAAGAAUGUCAGGAGAAAGAUCAACACUGGUGUCCUCAGACCAAAAGCCAUCUCUCCCUCUCUCCUCCCUUUCUCUCAGUAUCGCUCUUUCUCUUGCUCUCUUGCUCGCUCGCUCGCUAUCUUCCUCUCAAGGGCUGUGGGGAGUAGAUAAAUAGGAGGUGGUGGAUGGGAAGGGCACAGUUCGCAUGUGCUGCUUUUGUCGAGUCGGCCGUCGUAUUGGUGGAGUAGUCGAUCAGCCAGCUGGGGCUGGGGGACAUACUUGGCCCACCAGUACCUUCCUUUGAUCGUAACAUUCUGCUCACAGGAAAUAAACUCAAUUCUUCUUAAAUUCUGCAUCGCAGGACAGUCUGAAAACAUCGGUUAAACAAAAAUUCUUGUUUUUCUUGUCAAUUUUUUAUUAUUAAUUCAAAACAAGCGUCAUUAAAUUUUUGAAUUUUGGCCCUUUUCUUUGAAGAAGUUUGUUAUUCAUGCGAGGGAAUUUAUCGGAUUACGCUUUUCGUAAUCUAAUUUUGGUGAUGUCACGUUCUGAGCGGGCGGAAUUUGAUAAUCUAGUUUCAUGGAAAAGUACGCCGCUAACAGGUGACACCUGAUUUAAUAAUCUGGGCUACGAGUCGAAAGAUCCUCGUAGGUUAGAGCAACUUCCUCCACCCAGCUCCGUCCAUCUGUCAAGAGAGUUACAUAGGGGGGGAGGAGGGGGGAGGACCACAGGCAUAACCGAGCUUUUGCUCUGAGUACUGGGCAGCUCUCCAGCCAGCUCAGUAGAGAUCCCGAACUCCAGGUGAUCACCAGAAGAGAUUAUCACUUAUCGGAGACGCUACGUCGUGAGAACCCUGCUGUGGAGUGUAUCAGAUAUAGUUCGUAUGGGCUUGUCCUAUCUUAGUUAAUGGCAUUAUGAGAUCUCGGUUUAUGGGCUUUCCAUGUAUUAGGUAGCUUUAUAUGUUUGUGGGCUUGCCUCAUCUAAUAAUCUUGGCUUAUAGUAACAUUUUAUUUACAGUGAAUGAAUUCAAUCCUCCGUAAAUUUUGCAUCACAGAACGGUCUGAAAGCAGUGAUUAAGCUAAAAACUCUUAUUUUACCAGUCAUUUUUUAUUAUUUGUUUUAAAAUGACCGCAGUCAAAUUUGAAGUUUCGGUUCCUUUUUGGAAGAAGUUUACUACUCAUACGCGAGAUUCAUCUGAUCACGUUGUUCUUUUAAUCUAAUUUUGGCGAUAUCACUCGCGUUCUGAGUGAGUGGAAAAUAAUAAUCUAGUUUUAUGGAGUAUUUGGCCGCUGACAGGUGACACCUGAUCUAAUAAUCUAGGCCUACAAGUUCAAAGAUCCUUGUAGAUUUGGGCUACUCACUCCAUGCAGCUUCCUCAAUCUGCCAACAGGUUUUCGGACGGCGGAGGACCUCAAGCCAAACCGAGCUUUUGCUUGAGUACUGAGAAGAUCUUCAACCAGUGCAGUUGAGAUACCCAACCCCAGGUGGUCGCAGGACGGAGAUUCUCACUCAUCGGCGGCGCUACGCCGUGUGAACCCCGUGGCGGAAUGUAACUCCGAGUAACGCACAGAAUGGUCGACUUGUCUAUCACGUCAAAGCACAAACUUGCUUAUUCACGGAAAGGAUGCAUAAGAGUAAGAGGGUUCUUUAUCUUCACACAGGCGCGUUUGAGCUCCCAGCGGCAGAUCGAGGCCACCGACCGCAGUUUCAGCGUUCGACGGCCAGAAAUAGAAACAUAGCAAUAUUUGAUCGAGGAGUCAAAGAUAUCGAGAUCCUUACCGUGGAGACGCCCUACAAAUGUUUUCCGUGCUAAAGAGGACGUCCGCCCCAUAUUCUGGCACUUCAUUUUCUCUGGAAAUUAAUAUCCAUCCGAGUUAUGAGCUGACAGAGAUAAAUGUUCGAAGUCUUCCCUCCUCUCUCCCUGCAAAUGGCAAAAAUCUGUAUUAUCUCUCUGAGCAAAAAAGGAAACUGAUUACAGGGCCAAUCGUCCGAGGAGCUACAUCGCAAGGACUGGGGGUUGGGACCAAUACCCUCGCGGCCGCUGGGGAGACUCCGGCAAUCCGUCAUACGGGGCGCUGACUGAUUACCAGGUGAUCAUCGUCUCACCUUCACGAACUCUCCUCUGCGUUUACUGUGCAUCACAUCUCAGUUUGUCAACGCAUUAGAUCAGCGCUCGAUCCGGAAACUAGCCUCUCAUGCAAACCCACUCCCUGUCACAGUUGAUGCGGCCAAGGUCGCGCGACAAGAAACUCCAUGAGGAAUGGGCCGUCCCCAUCAAAUCGAUCGAAGACAUCAACAAGGUAAGUCAACCCACGGCCACCUUUGACUCAGGUCGGCGAGUGUCCAAAUUACCGCGUCGACAUCUAAAGUCCCUCCUCCUCCAUCGACGACUCGACAGAGAUUCUCGAGCUUCUUCCUGGGCAUGCUCAGUAGCAGCCCCUGGUUCGAGCUGGACAGCCUUCAGCCAGAGACGAAGAUCAUAAAUGAGCAACUGGAGAGCAUCAACCUGAAGGGGUUCCUCACCAUCAAGAGCCAGCCCGCGGCCAACGGCGAGAAAUCCCAUUCAUCCUCAGUCGGUCAGUACCACCACCACCACCACCACCACCACCACCACCACCACCACCACUGAAGUCAACUCAAGUCGACCUCUCGACGCUCAAUAUGUUUUCCUCCCCGUCUUUUCCUUUCUCAGGGUGGGGCGGCCCGGGGGGGUACGUGUACCAGAAGGCCUACCUGGAGUUCUUCUGUUCCAAGGAGAAGCUGGACGCGCUGGUGGAGAAGUCCAAGGCGGCGCCGUCUUUGACCUACAUCGCCGUGAAUAAGGACGGCCAGAGCGUAUCCAACGUUGGCCCGGCGGAGGUCAACGCCGUCAGUUGGGGCGUCUUCCCCGCCAAGGAGAUCAUCAAGCCCACCGUCGUUGACCCCCCCAGCUUCGCCGUCUGGAAGGACGAGGCGUUCGAGAUCUGGACCCAGGUCUGGGCCUCCUUCCCCGACAGCGACCCCUCUUAG